AUGAUUUCGUCAGUGCUGCUGGUGAACCUCAAGGGUGAAAUCCUUAUCUGGCGAGCAUACAAGGAAAAUGUGACACGUGCCGAUUGGCAAGCAUUCUGCAGUCAAGUGGUGGCAGCCAAGGAGACGAGGGACAAACCGGUUGUGAGCAUCAAUGGCUCACACUUCCUGUACACCACUCAGGGAGACAUCGUCCUGGUGGCUGCCAGCAAGGACAAUGUUAAUGUCAUGCUCGUCCUGAAACUCUUGUACAAAAUGGUGGACCUUUUCAAGGCCUACUUCGGCGGCUCAUUUGAUGAGAAUCAGGUGCGGAAGCACUUUGUCCUCAUCUAUGAGCUGUUAGAUGAGAUCAUUGACUAUGGUUAUCCACAGAUCCUGGAGGUUGAUGUGCUAAAGAAGUACAUCACCCAGGGCGGUGCCAAGAACAUCGACCUCAAUGACCAGGAGCAACUCAAAAAGAUUACGGUGCAGGCCACAGGGGUGUGCUCAUGGCGCGCUGAAGGCAUUAAGCAUCGGAAAAAUGAGGUUUUCAUUGAUGUAAUUGAAAAAGUGAACAUUUUAAUGUCAACGAAACGGGAACGGUUGAGGGCAGAUGUAUCUGGGGAGAUCCUGGUGAAUUGCAAGUUGUCAGGAAUGCCCGAAUGCAAAUUUGGCAUGAAUGACAAGCUAAUCAUGACCGCUGAGGCGCGAGCGCGAAGUAGCGACAAAGGGAUCGCCUUAGACGAUUAUAGGUUUCACCAGUGCGUUCGACUGUCGAAAUUCGACGUGGAUCGCGAGAUCACCUUCAUUCCACCAGAUGAGCCAUUCCAGCUGAUGACGUAUCGCAUCACUGAGAACAUCGAGAGUCCCUUCAAGCUGCUGCCGAAUGUGAAGGUGCUCGGUCGUAGCCGGCUGGAGCUCAGCCUGCAGGUCACCGCCAUGUACGACCGCAACAUUGAAGCCACAAAUGUCCGGAUUGACUUUCCUUGUCCGAAAAACACGGCCAAGGCUCACAUCCCAAACACCGCGCACGGCAAAGCUCGAUUUGAUCCAGCGCAGGGGGCCGUGGUGUGGCGCAUUCGCCGGUUCCCGGGGAGACACGAGUACAAUCUCCUGGCAGAGGUGGAGCUGGCAUCCACCAUCACUGACAAGCAGUGGGUGCGACACCACCCUGAUCCUUGGGAAUUUCCUUCGAGCCAGGUCAAAUAUCGUUGA